UCGAUCCGCCCCGCCGCUACGGUUCAUGUUCGCCUGCCUCGGUACGUCGCACCGACCGCUGGCGGCUGCCAAUCUGCCAUCAUCACCGCGACGUUCAGCACGACAACAUUUUUGUGUUCUGCGACUCGCCGCACCGUACAGUACUGUUGUGUCGCCACACGUCCACAUUAAUAUUAUAGUACCAAUAUUUAAAAUUUACAUUGUGCUGUCCACCGUGUACUGUAUACAGUUGUGUUUUUUGAGCUCGAUCGCGGACGGUACAUUUUCCCAUUGGUAUUAUUUAUAGUAACAUCGCGAAUCGAUAUAGCAUUAAAAAAAAACUUAUUUAAUCGUUUUUUUUUGGCGCGAGCUACGGUCUUCACCCGCGCCUGCGCAUUCGCCGUACAAACGUCAAACAAACGAUUCCAACGAACAUUACCGGACCAGAACGAACGUCGUUGCCUGUUGGACCCCAGACGGACCAAUUGAUUGCGCGUGCGUAUACCGAACACUGGAGGAUAACACAAUACGAUAAUCGUAUCGUAUAACGGUAAGCGGCCGUUGUCAUCAUUGAUAAUUAUGAAUCGGUAUCUAUUGAAGACUGUUACCGUACUCAAUAUUAUUAUGAUUAAUACAUAGGUUAUGUUAUAAAUUCCGAAUAAAUAUUUUGUUUAGCCGCGCUCGACGCUCGUUUGUGCGAUUUGAUUAUUAUAAUAUUACGCGUUUGUUGUCGGUCGGUUUUUAGUCUUCAUUCGGCGAAGUUUCACUUUUCUUUUUGUCAUUAAUACUCUACUCAUUUUUCAUUUUUCACCCGUCUAGUAGUUUUAAUCAUUUAAUAAUAUUAAUUUAGUAUUGUUUAAAUUUUCGUUAUUUGUGGUAGUCUGCGUUGUACAAUUUAAAACGGUUACCUACUGUACAUUUUUUAUUCCGUGUCGUGUCCUGUAAAGGUAAACAAAAUUGAAUUAUCUCGAUCGGACGCCACUAUGGCAUUUAAAACGUUUUUGUCAUAGAUCAUAAUGCAAAAUACACCGUGUCAUGUGUUACACGGUCGCGGUUUUCCGAAUCACAACCCUCGUUUCCGUUGUCACUGUUAAUUGAACCCACUCACAAUAUUUACCACUACCAAUACUAUUCUUGUACACUACUUAUAAUUUAGCCAAUUGACAAUACGGUCAGUCUUAAAUUUGCCCGAGACAGCCAUUACCACUAAUCCUCUCAACUUGAAAUGACAUCAGUAGCUUACGUUAACUCUCCUGUGUAGUGUUCGGUUUUUAUCUGUUGACGGAUACAAUGUUCUCGGCGUUUUCGAAACACAAAUGACGAAAUAUUCUUAUUUCUCAUCACAUUAUGUGAUGCCUAAUAAAAAGCACCAUGUAAAAUAUUUAAAAUUCCUAUCAAUGUUUUUAUGGAUUUGAUACACAUUUUUAUCCAUUGUCGAAUUUGAGUCAUAUGUAGCGGGUAUGUAACUCUUAAUGUUUGGUAUUUCUCCAGUAUAUUGUGUUUUUAUACACAAAUAUAAUAUUUAUUGUUUUACUCGUUAAUGAAUUUAAACCCCUAGGUUAUUAUAUAGGAUUACCUAUAUAAUAAGCGUCUAAAACAAUUUUAUUAUUUUAGGACCAUAUUCUAAAGUAAAUGGUAGUUACACGCCAGAGUUCUCAAAUGGAUCCCGAGAAGAAUAAGGAUAAAAAUGAAGUGAAUCGUACAGGUUUGUGUUGUAUUUACAUAAUUUUACAAAACUAAUUUAGGUUUAAAGUUACACUCGUAUAUUUAGAAAUCUUACAGAAAUAUUAUAGAUAUGUAAGUAUAGGUACCUACUAAUAUAUUAUAAUCUUAAUAUCUUUUAUAAGUUUUACUAUUCACUUUAGUUACCAAAUUGAAAUUCAUAUUAAUGUUUUUUCAAAACAAAUUUGAUCUAUGUAUAUUGUAUACAUAGUUAACUGUGUCAUUAAAUUAUUAAGGACACUAGUGUUCAAUAAGAUCUAUGUACCUUCUCCCUACUUAUUUGUGUAAUUAAUAAUCAAAUUCAAUUCCAGUACUUCAUUAUUAAUUUAAACAUAUUACGAAAUUCCUGUAAGUAUUCCUACCUUUAUAAUUUGUAUACAUUUUCACAAUUAAGAGAGGUCGUUUGUUAUUAAUUUUGUUUUAUUUGUUAAUGUACUUUAGAGAAGAAAGUUUCAAUUAAACUAAGUGCAGUAUAAUAUAUGUAAAUGAUGGGACUGCCUAAUUUGUCGAACUGGAGCCAUGGAUUUCUUUAGCACUACUGGUGAUUUUAUAUCAAGUUUUGCUUUUGUUGUUGAAAAUUGCACUCGUUUUAACCCUGUUCAGUAUUUUGUUGAAUUGUUGUGGCAGUUUAUCAAAACUGACUAUUUGAUGAAUUCUACUGUUUUUUAAUAACCUGUUAGUUUUGAGUACUAGUACAGUACUACCUGCUAUUGAGCUAAAGUAGUCUGUGGCCCCAGUUCAACAAAUAAGAAGACUCGAAAAAUUAUAUAUAUAAAAAAAAAAUGUUAAGCAAUUAAUCUAAAUACCUACCUAGUAGUAGUAAUAAUAUUAGUAUAAGUAUCUUAGUAUAUUAAAAGUAUUAAUAAAUUCAAUUCUUUAAAAACUAAUUUAAUACUUUUAUUAUUUUUAUACAACAGGAACUGAAAAAUCAAGAAUGAAUUCUACCAAUAAAAAUGGAAAUAAUUCUAAUACUGAUAGUGAAGGUAAUUAUUUUAUUUUUACUCAAAUUUUGAACAAUUUGAACAGUUUUUAUAUUCUUUCAUUAAAAAAAAAAAAUUAAUAUUAACAUUAGUUAGAUUAGUUAUUAUAGGUCCAUUUAACAACCGCAUCUAUGGUAUGUGAUAUACAAAUAAUAUGAUGAAACUGUGUUUUCACAUUAGUGUGUAUUGGAUAAAAAUUUGAGUUAUUUUGAGUUAUGAUAGUUAAAUUGUACUAUGUACAAUCCUAGUCAUUGUGCAAUUAUAUAACAAAAUUAAUAAUAUUUUUGUGGUUUACAAGACCUAUUAAAUGUCCAAACAAAAUUGUUUUAUCUUGGUCCAAAUAUUGCUAACAUUAUUGUACUGAGUGAGGAAAGAUCUUUGAUUUUUUUUUUUCAAAAUGUUCUCAUAAACUAAGUAUUUUGUCAGUUUUAUAACCUAAUACCAUUUAAAUUUUAGUUUCUAUACAUUCUUUGGGCUUUUAUUUCAGUAAUUGAAUGUUUAUUUUAAAAUAUUUAAAGAAAAUAAAAUAUAUUAACAUUAUUAUAUUAGUCAACAUUUUUUUUUUUUAUUACCAAUUUCAGUUCGACUGACCUUAUAUUAAAGUUUUGACAUUUUUACCAUGUUAAACAAUUUAUUUCACAUAAAUCAAAAAAUUAAGUAAGUAUAAUCUGAACUUUUUAGAAAAUAAUUAUGAGCAUUUACAAAUUUUCAACGAUUUUAUACUAGAUACCGUAAUAACAAUGUAUGAAAAACUUUGUAUAUAUUUUCCAAGCAUUUAUACAAAGUCAAAUAAUUUAUAUCAAUUUCAAAUGGCUAUACAUAACUCAAGAACAAUGAAACAAUAUUUGUAAAUUAGUACUUUGUCUAGAAGAUAAUAAUAUAAAUAUUUGGUGAACAUUUUAUGAUUUUUUAACCGAAUCAAAAACAAAUCAGAAUUAGCAAAAACUUAACUACAACGAAUAUCAAUAUUAAAUAUUUAAUUAGAUUACCUUCAUAGUUUUUAAUAACUUAGUAUAUAUCAUUCAAUAUUCAUAAAAUUCAAUUAAAAAUUAUUAAUCUACUAUAAUUUUAAUAUAUUUUAAGGUAGGUAACUGUUGUGGGGGGGGAUGAGAUUAGGAAGGUAGGAUAUAAGAUGAUUUAGUAAAAUUGCUUUUUACAGUUUCAUGGGAUUUUUCCAAUUAUUUACCAACUAGAAAAUAUUUGCUACCAAAAAUCAACCUUGAAGUUGAUGAUUGCAUCAAAAUGUAGUUCAAAAUUUUUUUACAGACAGAAAAAUACAUUUUUUUUUUACUUAGAAUUUUAAAUUAUAAUUCAAAAAAAUUGUUAUAAUAUGUAAAAUGUAAUUGAAAAGUGGUACUUAAACAAUUAAAUACAGUAUAUGGUAUGUGUGGUUGUGAAAUGGACCUAAUUUUUGUUUUUGAAAAUCUAUAUAUCGAUUAACAAAAAAUAUAAUAGGUAUAUGUACCCAUGGAAACAAGUGUUGAAAUCAGUAAUAUAAAAACCAAUUUUGAACUGAUUAUCAAUAAUAACAUUGUUUUAAAUUUGAGUGAUAUUAUUUGAGCUUUUUAUCUUUUGUCUAUAAUUACAAUUUUUAAAAAUAAGUUUUUCAAAACAACUUAUACAACCUAACCCAGUGUUAUAAUGAAUUGGACAUUAAAUUAAACCUAGCACAUUAACUAAGGUUUUUGUAUAAAAAAUAUAAAAUUUGAACAUAUUGCAUUAAUUUUUUAUUGUAAGCAAUUAAAUUGUAUAUAAAAUAUAAUAGAACCGGUUUUAUAUUCUUGAAAAAAACUUUUUAAAUUUGUUUUUGCAAGAAAAGAUAUUGUAUGUAUUAAGUUUUAGAAUUGAGUAUCAGUAAUCUUUGAUGGUAUUGUGAAAAAUGUAUAGAAUUAACUUUUUUUAUAAUACUUAUAAUCUAGUCAAAAUCAAUCAUCUAGGUAUAUUGUAAUCUAAAAAAACCAUUUUUGUGAUUUGUUUUAAGUAUAUAGGUAUUUUAAAUAAAUUUAGCCAAGAAAAUAAUGUGGGUUAAAAAUGCAUUUUCUUAAUUUCUAACAAUAAAAUGAUAAAGAAAAAGAAAAUAGAUAGAUAGAUAUUGUGAUAAAUAAAUCUUUUAUUGAGAGGACGUCAUACCCCGCAUGUGCUAUCUCUGUUAUAAAGUUACAUAAUAGCAAAUUUUCGUUAAGCUGAUACAAUUUUAUGGUUCAAGUUUUGAUAUUAGAGUGAAUAUCACUCCUAUUAUCAAAUUUGAAGAUAUUAACGUUAACUGUGUUGUCUUAUCAUUCUUUGUUUUCAUUUUUAAGUGAAAUGUCACAAUUGAAAAAUGCUUAUAACUCGCUUAAAAAUUAUAAACCUAUGAGAAUACAUAGAUAAUAUUAAUAUCUUAAGUUUGUCAAUAGGUCAAUUCAUUUUAAUGUCAAAAAAACACACAGCUGUCCUCACUGAAUAAAAAUUUGUUAUAUCUCACGGUUGUAUGACUGAGACAGCAUAUGAGGGUGCGACACAUUCUUAUAAUGAUUUAAUGUUAUUUGAGCAAUUUUUUUCCUUUAUCUAAAUAAUUUAAUGCAGGUUUACUAAUUAAACUUAUAAGUUGAGUAUUAUGAGUCUGAAUGUUAUAACUGAGCUGUAAAUUUAUAUAUUGUUUUAUAUGUUUUUCUAGUAUAUUAUAUUACUAAGUAAGUACAAGAUAAGUUUUAUAUUGUUGUAAAUAAAAUUAUAAACCAAUAUUUAUGGUUUAUUUUAUUCUAAUAUAUUAUAAUUUAUGAUUUUUUUGAUAUAAUUUUAUACUAUACAGAAUGUAACAGUACUAUUCAACAAAUGUAAUAACUUUUUUUCUUUUGAAUAUUUUUAAGUUUUUUUUUUUUUAUAAUUAAGAAGGUUUUGCACUAUAAUUUGUAUAUUUUAUUACUAAGUAAUAAAAAGUUGUAAAGUCCUUAAAAAUUUGUUUAUAAUCCAAGAUAGCUAUUUUGUAAAUUAAUUUUGAAAAAUAUUGUUAGUGUUUAAAACUAUCAAUUAGGUUUGUCAUUAAAAAAAUGUUUGUUAAAUUUCAAAAUAUUAAUCUAGUUUAAAGCCAGAGCUUGUUUUUGUAAAAUGUUUGCACAUUCAUUAAGAAUAUUAAAAAAAAGUUGGACGAACAUUGUUUGGAAGUUAUAAAAGAAAAUUUAAUAAAGUUUUUGAUUUUUCUGUUUCGCAUAUUUCAUCGUUAGAAUUUAAAAUUUUUUUUCCCCAAAAUAUGUAUUUUUAAAUGUUUAAUCCAUUGAUAUAAUCAAAAUUCUACCCUGUUACCUACCCUACGUGCUUUUGCAAAACAAAUCGAGGGUUAUUUUCGUGCGCGUUUUAACGUUAUAACUCUACAACUAAGUAAGAUAGACUUAUUCUGAUUUUAAUAAAAAAAAAAACUAUUAUCAAUAAUUACAAAUAAUAAACAAAAAUAUCCAUUUUUGACCACAUUUUAAAUUAAUUCCAAAAAUGCUAUUUUUUAAAGUUUAUGUAUAAAAAUUAUAAAAGUACCUAUAAUAUUUAAGUUUUGAUUCUACCAAUAGAUUAAGCAUUUAAAAACACAUUUUGAAAAAAAAAAAAAAAAAUGUUAAAUUCUAAAUAAUAAAUAAGCGAAAAAACCUGAACUUUUUAUGAGGUUUUCCCUCAUAACUUCCAAAUGAAGUUCAUUUGACAUUUUUUUGUACAUGCUUAAUAUAGAUACAUGCAAUAACACACAUUUAAAAAAAAAAAAAAAUUAAAAACGAGCUUAGACUAGGUUUGUUCCAAAUGUAUUUCUUGCUAAUUUUACUAACAAUAAAUGCUAAGCGUUUAAAAGACUUAUAGCUCAAAAUUGAUAUGAUGAUAAUAUUAUAAAAUUGUACAAUAUUUCAAAGAAAUUCAAAUUGACCAUUUGGAAAUUUCUUCACGUAAUAAAGUUACACUUUACAAAACUUAAAAAAAAUAAUUGACUUGACUUAACCAGAUGUUAUAUUUUUUUAUUUCUCAUUUCUAAACAUCAAAAUUUAAUUUAAUUAUACAAUUUAAAUUAUAGCUCCAAGGUGUAAUAAUAAUUUUUUAAAAAAAACUUUAAAAUAUCCAAAAGUUAUUACAUUUGUUUAAUAUAGUUCUGUUAUAUUCUGUAUUUAUUUUUCAAAUAUUUUAGAUAGAAAAUAGUAUUUUUUUUCUGUGUGUUUAAUAUUUAAAAUUUUUAAUAUUAGUUUUUAAUUAUUAUUUUGAAGUAACCUUAUAGAAAUCGAUGAAAAGACCUCUUUUCUAUCAGGUAAAUGUUCUAAGUUACUGAACAUUUUUUUUUUAAAUAGUUACUCAAUUUUAUUAUAUUAAUAUUAAAUUGAAGACGUUUUUCCUUUAUACUUAAGUUUUCACCACUAUUAAGUGUAGAACCUACUAACUUUAUUAUUGGAAGCUGUGUGUAAUCAAUACAUUUUUUCGCUGCUCUUAGAAUCUAAAAAUAAAUAGUUGGAUAUAUUGUCUUAAUUAAAUGUUAUGCUAUAAAAUAGUUAUAUUAUAAAUAUCAGCAGUUGUCUUUUGAAAGAGAGAUUAUAUGUAGGUUUUGGUUAUUUAUAAUUUGUAUUAUCUUGAUUUCUGUAUGCAGGAUUAUGGAAUGCAAAUGAUAUAAUACAAAUUUGUAAAUCUAAACCAUUGGAUUUGCAAUUUUUUAGUGUUAAGACACUCCCCCCCAAUAUGUAUUUUUUCUAUAUAAACUAACACCUCAUUCUCAUCCCAUGAGAAUUGAUUUAAAGGGUGAAAACAGUAGUUCUGGUAUUUUUUCUGAAAUUUCUUUUCGUAGUAUUUCUAGUCUAGAACUACAUUUAUACAAAUUUUGGGUUUAAUCUUUUCAGUAGUUUUGACGUGAAGGGGUAACAAAUAUUCAAACAAAUUUUUGCAUUUAUAAAUCAUAUUGGUGUACUUUAAUUUUUAUUUUAAAAACUGCGUUUCUUAUUUUACCUAUUGAAUCAAGUUUGCUAAUUUGAUUUAAUUUUUUAUACUCAUAUUAUUUUUAUGAAAACUAUUUAUUUUCUUUGCUAAAAAUCAAUUCAUCCUUACACCUUUAUGUGUCAUACAUUAAACAUUUGUAUUUAAAUUUUUUAAUUAUUAUUUUAAUGGCACCUAGUAUUUAGUUACAUCAACAUUGCCGAUUUAACCUUUAUUCAUUUUCUUUGGAUGGUCCUAAUAUAAGUAUAUAGUUUUCAACAAGGUUUCCAAUGAAUUUGUAGUUAUAAGUCACAGCUAUAUUGGUCAUACUGUAUGUAGUUAAUAAUGCACACAGGGAGGAGUUACUAACAUUCCAAAAAAUGUUUUUAGUGCUGUAAGAUAAAUUUGUUAUAAUUUAACCCUUAACACUCAUUAACACUGCAUUCUGAAUCAAACAAUAAAAAUAUAGGAAAUAAUAAUUUUUUCAUUUUCAAUGUUAAAUUAUUUGAGUAUUAUAAUUUAAAAUUGUCAUUAAUAAUUGUAAUUAUAAAACUAUUAGAUAUUUAGGUCUGUUCUUACAAUUGCCAGUUCGUGUUAAUCAGCUGUUAAAUUGUCCGUAAACUGAGAAAAUUCUGUUGAUUAACCUCAUGGUUAGCACUAACUAAGAUUUUACAAGACAUUGUAAGAACCGAGCAUAUAUAUAUAUAUAUAUAUUAUAAUGCGAAUAAAUUGUACACAUACUUUUAGUUUCUUUUUUUUACAUUAAAAUUAAAAAAUAAUAAAUAAAUUGAUUAUAGUGAAAAUUGUUGUAUUUUGAUGAUAAUCAAUGAGAUAUUAUAAACAUAAUGUAAAUAUGUAGCAAAUAUGGUAAUGUAGCAGUUUUAUACAGAAUAUAAUAUUAAAAUAUAUAUGGUUUUACUUCAAUAAUAUGGUUGGUAAGAUAAGUUUAAUGGAUUAUUUUAGAGUAAAUGUUUGUUUUUGUCAUGAUUUAUAAUUUUUGAUCCUUUUAAAAGACUGAUAGAUACCAGAAUCCACGUUAUUGUUUAUUUUAUUUGUUACAUUUUUAAAAAAAACCAUUAUUCAUGAAUAAAUAUAGAAAAAAAAAUUAAAAAAUUGUAAACAUAAAGUGUUCAUUGUUUGAAUGUGUCAAAUAAUAUAGUUGUUAUAGCCCUUUAUGGGGCUCAGAAUUCGGGACCUCACCUCUCCGAGCCAACCAAAUUCGCCAUUGGUAAAAUAAUGAUAAUAAUAAUAAUGAUUAUAAUUAUUGAUGGGUUUAUCGAACUAUUGAUUUAUUUAUUUGGACAAUGUAAAAAUAAUGUCUUUUGGCUGAUGAAUAGAAAAAAAAACAUUAGUACUGAUAGGGUUAGCGGUAUUUUAUAUUGGUAUAAUCUAUUUUGUUAAUAUCGAUUUUAUCGGUAACUACGCUGUAUAUUAAUUUCCCAAAAUACCGUGUGUGGUAAUUACCGAAAAAACAGGUAGUACAAUAUUUUCGGUACUCAUUUUACACGUAUUUAUAUUUAAUUAUUAUAACGUAGGUUACAUUAUAAUCUUAGUCUCUAUAAUUUUAGAUUCUGCGUGAAGCAAGGAAUGUAUUGGUUUUAGUGAUAUGUUUUUUGUCUGUGAACAAUUUUUCCGCCAGAAAUCUCGACCCAAUCGCUGUCUGUAUCUAGUUUGUGAAGAAGAAAAUUGUUUUUUUUUUUUUUUUCAAAAAACUAUUUUCAUAAUAAUUGAGAAAAACCGAAUGAACUGGAAAGUUUACAACGUUAAUUGUUUCAUUAUUAUGCAAUGUGUUAAUGUCCCAUAAUGAUAAAUCUCAUUGUUAAUAACCAUUAUAACCUUAAAUAUUCUCACUGGGUCGCCGCACGUUCAUGUGUAAUAUAACUUUAUUUUAUGUAUCUGUGGGGUCGCAUGAUAAAACUAUAUUUUUUCAAUUCAUUUUAUCAAUGCAAGUUUGUAACUAUGUACAAAAAGCUAACAUAAAAUCAUAGAUAAAUCUAUAAUAAAAUAAAUCAUUAACUCUAUAACAUAAAAUAUUUUAAAAUACCGUAUAAUGGCAAUUACCGAAAGUGCCAUAUCACCCUAAUACGGUAUACCGGUAAUACCAAAUAGAUGAUGUCUCGGAUACCGGUAAUUAUAAUAAAAUACCGGAUGGCCUACAGUUAUUUUGAAAAUGAGUAGUCUGCAAUAGAAUAUAUAAAUAUUAAUGUUAUCGGUAUUUAUAAACUGAAAUUAUUUAUGUUGAUACGGAACUUCUCUAUUUUAGGAAACUGAUUUAUAGUCCCAACUCCCAUGUAGAUUUGCCUGAAACCGGUAUUUUCCCGCGUAAUUCCGGACGAAUGACGGCCGUAGUUACUAUUCGUUUACCUACUUAAUACUAUUAUGUAUAUUUUUAUUAAGGUUCUAUAAUCAUUUAACAUUUCGAUGUUAUAUAACGAUAGUGAUACAAUUAUAAUUUUUUCGAUGUCAUGCCGUAUUAGUAUAUAGUAAAUAUGAAUAAAAAGAAUGUGUUUAAUUACCUUUUCGACUAUGACCUUUCUGAAAUCGAAGAGGACAACGAAUUUCUAGAUCCAGAUUGGACAUUGGGUGAGCAAAGUACAAAAAAACGAUACAAAUAAUUUAUUUGAGCAAGAAGAAAGUGUGCAAGUUUCAUUAGUUAAUGUAGAAAGUAAUAAUAUAGGUAGUGCUAAUCAAUAAUUGUAGCGCUGCUAGUGAGUCGCUUAUGUAACAUAAGUCACUUUUAAUUCUGAGUUACUAAAAGUAUUGUUUUCAAAGAAAAGCUUAAUGAUAACUUUUUCAUCAACUUUUUAUUUUCAUUUAAUAUUGGUAGGCAAUUUUUAAUGUCUAAUAACUGCUUGUUUUUUGAAGAAUUCACUAAUAAUAUUGUCAAGUACCUAUCAGAAAUAUUUUGAAUUAAUAUUAUUACCUUGUGAUUGAUUUUGAUUAAAUAAUACAAAUUAUAAUAGAUAUUUGUUUAGUUAUAUUAUUUAAUUUUAAAAAUAAUAAAAAAAGUUAUGUAAGUAGGCGUUUUAGAGGCACACAAUUUAUCGUUGUGAGAUUCGUAAUGAUUUAAUUAUUAUUUAGGUUUAAGAUAAAUGAAACUUUGUAUAUUCGGCUAAGUAACUAAAGUAUCUUAAUAUAAUUUUUUAAAAUAAACUUGAUCACUUAUAAAUUUUAAAAAAAAAAUAUUGCAUUUACAAAAUUACGUAAAAUUGUUGUUACGAUUUAAACGAUUUGAUCAGGUGUAUGUUAGUAGGGAUAAUUGCUAAUGUUAACAGGUACCUGAUACCAGUAAGAAAACAAUACAUAAUGUUCAACAACAUGUUCCAAUUUUUAAAACACUGUUUUAUUUUUAAAUUAAUAUUAUUCUUUUUUAACAUAACUAGUCCUUUUUAUGAAUUGAAAAAAAAAUGUGGUAUAUAUUUAUAGACAAAAGAAAAAAUAUAAAUGAAAAGCGAUAUAAUAGUAAUAAAUAUGGAAUAAAUAAUAUCUAAAAUAAUUAUUACAUCUAAGAUUUUAAUGAAGAUAAAGUUUCUUCUUAUAAGUGUUUUCCUGAAUUAGAAAAAUCUCAGGGGUGGCUCCAGAGGCUUGGUUGGAGGGGCUAAGUAAUGUUUUUAGAAAAUUGUAUAUCAAUAAGCGUACUUUAUAUUUUAUUUAUACUUCAUAGUAUAGAUAAUAGAUGUCUCGAACCAUAUAAUUACUUAUACAUGUUUGUAAUAGUCAAUGGUAUAAUGUGUUUUUUAAGAUGUAGUUGUUUUUAACAAAACAUGGAUUUAAGGGGUGGCCCCUUGGGCUCCCCGUGGAGCUGUCCAUGAAUAAUCUUUUAAUAAUGUGGCUGACUUAAAUCUAAAAAUAUUAAGAAGAUGCUACACCUGCAUCUACUAUCUCAAUCCAACUACCGAGCAACAUCAAAAAUAAUGCUUACUUAGACUAAGUAAAACUCGCUCAAUUUUGAUUUAGAGUAAAAGUACCUACCAUGAAAUUUAUAGAAAAGAAUAUUUUGGAGAGAACUUAAUUGGGUUUUCGUAUUAUAAAUAUACAGCUACAUAUGAAAAGCAUAAACACUUUUAAUUUUUUAGUUUUUUAAAUAACUAAUUUUUUUUAUUAGUUCAAUAGUUCAUAAUUCAAAAAACACUUAUGAGCUUCCUUCAGAAAUAUUGUUCUCUAUAAAUUUCAUAAUAGGUAAUUUUACUCUAAAAUUAAAAUUAGUUUUACUUAGGCUGUAUAAACAUUAUGUUUGUUUUUUGCCUGGUAGUUGCACUGAGACAGUAGAGAUGUAAGUGUGGUGUCCUUUUAAAAAUAUUUUAGGUAGUGAAUACUUUAUUUGUUAUAAUGCUCUUUACUAAAGAAGCAGAUUAUAAUUGAUGCAUUAAGGUGUUUUAAAUUGAUCUCUUAUUUAUGUACCCAAUAAUAAGUUGUUAAAUUCUGUACUUUCUUGAUAAUAUUUAGAAUAACAUUUUAAAUUUUAUUGUUAAAAAGACGAUCAUGAUUCUGUACAUUCUUCACCUCGUUCUUCACAUUCUUCAAAUGCACCAGUGCCGUCGGGAUUGCCUGGAUCUCCACCACUCAAAGUGACAAUAAAAAAGAAUAAAUCAUAUAGCAGCAGUUCUAGGGAAUCUGCACAACCUUUUGAAGUAAGAAACUUAGUGAUUAGUUUUGAUUUCUAUAUGCUUAUCUAAUUUUAUAUGAAUGAAAAAAACACGUUUCUUGGUUUCUGAAAUAUCUAUUUCUGUUUAAUUAAACACUUUAAUAUUUAUUUUUGUAAUAUGUGAAUUAUAUUUAGGUUGUGAAAAAUAGUCUACCUCCAGCUGAAAGUCCCUGUGCUUCAAGUGAAGAAGAUGGUGAAGAUCAAAAGGUGGACUCUGAAAAUGAUAAAAAUUCUGACAAACCAAAUUCUGAAGAUGAUGUUGCUGAUGAUGCAGCUGAAAAUGAAAAGGAAUCUGAACCGGAGUCUGAAAAUGCUAAUGAAAGUUGUGAUUCUGACCUUGAAAUAGUGGAGGGACCUAUCCUAAAUAAAACAAUUAAUGAUAAGAAAGAAAGCAAGCCAUUUAUAAAAAAAGAUUCGAACAUUCCAGAGACAAGUUCAGUAACAAAUUUUAAAUCUGAGGAAGUUCCCCAAAAUUCUGUGAUAAAAAAGGAAGAAAAGGUAGUUAAAAAUGAAGAUAAAGAAGACUUGAAGGAUUCUAUCUUAGAAAAUAAAGUACUUGUUUUGAAAAAAGAUGAAUCAAAAGAUCUAAUCAAAGAGCAACAGAAAGAGUAUAAACUUAAUGUCCGUUCUUUCGUUGAUUUAGCAGCACCUCAAACUAUUAACUUGAUUAAUAUGCCUCCUCCCUCACAAAUAGAUAGUCCUUCAAAUUUUAUAUCUCAAAAUGGUUCUCCAUAUCCACAAUAUAUGAACAUGUCAUGUGAUUUAUGUACAUUACAGUUUGAUUCUUUAGAGCUAUUAAAUGAACAUAAAAAAGUCAUGAAACAUUACAAAUGUUCUUUCAAAGACUGUGAACAUUUAAUUUUAUCGAGUCAACAAGAGUUUUUAGAUCACCAAAGUAUGGUUCACAACAUUAUGCCAUCACCUGUUCAACAAUUGGCACAUCAAGUAAUAAUAAAUUUAAACUAAUUAAAUUUGAAUAGUUGAUUAAAAUGAUCAGAAAUAGUGAUGUUAAUUAACGUGUAAGACUUGAUAUAUAUUACACAAUAUUCCUAAGUUAAUUUACUAAAAUUUGUUUAAUUUUACAAAAACAUUUUUAAAAUUCUUGAAUUCUGACAUAAUCUAAAAAUUUGACUCAAGAAGAUGUUAUAUUACAUGAAUGUAAUUUGAUCUUAAAAUCUGUUUUUCUCAUAACAUAUUUAUAGUAAAAUUGACAAAAUUUCAUAAGACAUAAAACAACUUGGUGUCUUGGAUUAUUUUUUUUUUUAGCACCAAUUUGUUUUUUUUUUUUUUUUGUUUUUUGGCUCAAAAUAUGCCUUAUGAAAAUUACUAUUGUGCUUCAUAAAAUGAUCUGAUUUCGACAAAAAGAAAAAUAUUUCCCACAUUGAACUAUUUUGAUCUUAAACUUUAUAUGUCUUGGAAGAAACUCAAUUUCUUCAGAAUUUUUUUACUAAUUUGUUCAUAGAUAUUAUCACUUUGAAUUAAAUUUAAAAAUCAGAGGUUAAUUUUAGCUGUGUAAUGUUAUUAUUUAUCAAUUAAAAAAUGAAUGACAUACAAAUAUUAAGUCGAGAAUGAGUUUUCCCUCAUUUAAUGCAGUACUCUUUCUUUCUAAAGACGUAUUGGACAAUGGAUUAGUGAACAAGUUAUAUUAUUAAGGUGGUCAUUAAAAUGGUAACAAUAAUUUGAGAAGAUUUGAAAAGUCUGACAUAGCAUAAAUACAAUUAAAAGUUAUUUGUGAACCAUCAGUUUUUGGUUUUUCAUUUACUUGAAAAAACCUAUUAGGAAUUGUUAUUAAUUAAUAAACUUGGCAAAAAAAAGUUUUUCUUUAUGUGUUUUGAAAUUUUGGUAAUUAUUAUAAGUAUGGUAAUAAGGUAGGUACCACUUAUAAGACUCACUUUGGGACCUACACAAAGUGAGUCUUAAAAUAACACAAAAUCGGUUUUCAUGUAUAAAAAAGUAUAAAUAUAACAUUCAACAAUUUAUUUAUUUUACACAUUAUAAAAUAUAAAAAGUAAUAAUAUUGGUUAGUAUUACAUAGUAUAUAGUACCAUAGUACCAACACAAUAUUUUAAUAUUAUUGACAUAAUAGAAUGCAGAUUUCCAUAACUUGCUCCGAUAAUUAUUUUUGUGAUAACAUUUAAAAUAUUAUAAUUGAAUAAAUAAUAUAUUCAAUGGUAUUGAAAUAUAGUGUAGGUACCUCUUUAUUAUAUGGUACUAUGUAAUAUUAUGUAGUACUAACCAAUAAUAUUACUUUUUAUAUAUAGUGUGUUUCACUCAAAUGGUAACACGGAAUAUUUCUGUUCAGUGACCUCGGAUUGAAAUGGGGUUUUCAAGAGGAUAUAGUAAAUGCUGAAAUUCAUAUUUUACAUGGUUCAAAUUUCUUAAUCUUCAAGUGUGCACAUGGGCAAUAAAACUUGCAAUUUUUGUGAAUUGAAACACAAAUUUCCAACACUUGAUUUGGAUAAACCAUUUGUUUUUAAGCAACUUAUAUAAAUACAUUUUUCCCUUAUCUUGAAAAUUGGUCGAAAUACAGCUAGAUAAAGGUGAAAUAAAAUUAUUUUAUUAUUAUUAAAUUAAUUUAAUUUUAACAAUUUAUUACAAAAAGUAUUCAUCAGUCAUCGUAUCUUAUAAAUUGUUCAAAGUUUCACCCAUUUUGUGAUAAACAUGCUUCUGAACUUAUGCUUUAUGACUUCAUCUUGAGUAGUUGCCAUAAUUUGUUUGUCAGUUAUUGGUCAUGCUUCAGUAUGAUUUUUUUUUUAAAUGUCCCCAAAGAAAAAAUUUAAAGUUAAUCUAAAUCAAAUGUUGGAAAUAGUUGUUUUCGUUUAAAAAAAUGCAAGGUUUAUUGCUCUUGCGCACACUUAAAGGUUAAGAAAUUUGAAAAUCCAUGUAAAAUGUGUAUUUCAGUAUUUACUAUCUCCUCUUGAAAACCCCAUUUUAGUGAAACACACUGUGUAUUUAUAUAUUGAAAUAUAAUAAUUUCGAGUGAAAUUGUGAAAUUAUAUAAAUAUUAUGCAGACAACCAUCACCAAUUGGUUUUCUUCAAUUACUUCUUCAUUAAGAAGGGAGUGUUCAUAUUAUUAAUUACUAUAAUCAAUGUAAGUACAUUAUACAGGAAGAAUAAAGUUGUUCUAUGUAAAACAGUUUUUCCAUAAAUAUUACACUUGUACACUAGAAUAAGUGCAGUUAAAAUUCAAUAAAAUGUAAAAUAAAUUGUUUGGGUAAUCUAAUAGUUUUGAAUCUAGCAUAUAUAAUUUUUUAACAGUUUUAAAUGGUUGGGUGAUGAAAAUUUUGUAAUGGCUUUUAUAAAGGUUUUUAGGAUAGACUACCUAUAUCUGUACAUGUUUGUUGUUUAAAUCAAUAUGUUGGUUUGUUAUAAUCAGGUUCAGCGUUUACCAACUAUGGGCUUCGACCAGCAACUACAGCCCGUUGUACCACCAUUACCUGAAAAUCUUCAACCGCCUGGUGUGCCGAAUAUGUAUACACAACCACUGAGGAUGCCAAAUCAAGUUCCUAUGCAACGUUCCAUGCGGCCAAUGGGUAGGCCCAAUAUGAAUCUCAUGAUGGGAGGUGCCCCUAGAGGGCGUAAUAUGACUAGAGCACCAAGUAUGAAUGUAUUUUUAAAAUUUUUCUUUUAUUUUAAUACAUAUUUAUUUUUAUAUAGGAGGAAGAUCAGUUGCUAUGAGUUCCCCCAUGAUGAGAGGUACUCCUUUAAAAAGACCGCUAUCAUCGAUGGGAGUAAGGCAUCAAACGCCUCCAUUAAAACGUGUAGCUACAGACAGGUCAGACAGGUUAGUUAUUGAGAUUAUAAUGAGUAUUCAUUAUGGUGAUUUAUAGUACUAUAGUAUACAAUUUAUUGUAUUAUUUUUGAUUAGAACUUCAUUUACUAAGAACUCUCCAACAAUCGUUAAAUCUUUAUCGGAAUCUUUAACAAAAUCUAUUACAUCUGCGAACAAAUCUCAAGCUAAUCAUACUCAGCAAGAUGUUGUUAAUUUAUUUUCCAAACGAGGACUCACUAUAAGCACGGUAAUUUGAUGUUUAUUAUAAUUUAACUAAAGUUUAAAUAAUUGGGGUAAUUGAAAUUCUAACUGAUCAUUUGGUAAUUUGAAAAAUAUUAAAUGUUAAACAUUUAUUGUGCUUAAUAAAAAUCAUUUAUUAUAUUAUUAUUUAAUUUUAACACGUAUUAUAUAUAUCUAUUAAUAUGUAAAACUUAGAACAGUGUUUCUCAACUGGUGUGUUGCCGGGUAAGUCCAAAUUUGUCGCAUGAAGUACUAAUAUUAAAUAACACAAAAUGUAAAAACAUUGUUGACACUAUUUACAAAAAUUAAUAGGUAUUUGAUAUAAUUUCUAUGAUGAAUAAAAAUAGAUUAUCAGCUAUGGACAUUAAAUUAAUUUUAUCAUUAUCGUAAUUCUAAACGUUGGUUUAUCGAUAUUUAUUUUUUAAACAGUGUACUGUAUAGCAGUGGUCUUCAACCAGUGGGUCGCUUAAGCUUAAAAGUUGAGUUACGAUAAGUUUUCUUUUUAAAAUAAAAAUUAAGUUUAUACAAUUAUAUAUAUAUGUAUAUUUUGUAUGAUAAGUUUAUACAAUUAUAUAAGGUAUACAAAUAAUCGUUUAAUUAUUAAACUUAGAAAAUUAAUAAAUGAAAAUACAGUUUGAAAACUAUUGUAAUAUAUUAUAUGUAUAAACAAUAUUAUAUAAUUUAUAUUCAAAAAUAUAAUAGUAUAUGGAUUUCAAUUCACAGUAUAUGUUUCAUAUACUCGUAUGAUUCUACGUUGUAUGACAUUAAAUAUAAUAAUUUCUGGGUAAACCGGGCUAGUAAUAAAAUAAAUACAUUAUAUUAUUAUCAUUAAAGAGUCCCAUAAUCUACGAACAUUGUCGAUGUUGGUGUGUUUAAAGACGAUUAAAUGUUAGUCGAGUUAUUAUUCUAGUCAUAUUUACGUAUUCGUUAAAAAGUUUUUUUUUAUUUUUAUUUAUUCAGUUAUGACAGUACUACUACAAAGUAUUAAGUAAUUUUAGAUUUUUUUUUUUUUUUUGUUUAUCUACAAAAUCGUGUUAUUACCAUUUUUACAUCAUAUUUGUGCAUGGUAAUUUUUUUUGCAUUGAACGAAAUUAAAAAUAGAAAAGGGAAAUAAAGGGAUUAGUUAAUGUCGGAGAGGAGUUAAGAGUCGCCUUGUCAAAGAUUUCACCAUGUAUUGAUAUACUAUGUAAGAAAUAUCAGUUGCAAAUUUCUCAUUAAAAUGCUGUUUUAUGUUGUAUUUUUCUUUAUUAUUUUUAAUUUUACAUUAUCAAUUAAUUAUAAAUAUUUUAAUAGUGUGCCGCCAUAAUGCAAAAGUUGAGAAACACUGACUUAGAAUAUGGAAUUUCAUAAAAUAUAUUGCUUUAAAUAAAAAAUUAUUAAUUUAAAGUUAUUUGAAAAAAAAAAAUAAGCUACUGCUUAUGAGUAGAUUAUUGUUAUUGGUGGAUAAUAUAUCCAAUCUUCCCUCCUAUAAUAUAUAUAUAUAUAUAUAUAUAUCUAAUGACAGUAAAUAAAUAAAGAUCGUGUUGCUUUUACAAUGAUGUCUUUUUUUAUUGUUAUUAUUUUUUUUUUUUUAUACAGUGACAAAUUUCUACCAGAAAUCAAAUUUGGCACCAUUUUUGAAAGGAAAUUUUGUCUAGAUGGUACUUAAGGGAGGUCAUGUUUUGAUUUUCCAAGCGGUUUUCAUAAUAUCUGGAAAACCCUGGGAUAAAAUUUACAAAAAUAAUGCUUUUUAUUAUUUUUAAUUUUGUUAUUUGCUGUAAUUCAAUUCAAAAUAUUUGUAGAGGCUUGAGAUUUGGAUAUGAAACUUAUAUUUGCGUUUUAUAUACGUGAUACAAUUUUCAUCAAAUUCUAAAUUCUUUUGAGCUAUUUAUAGACAUGCCAUUUUAAUUUUAUGAGUUUUGUACGUAAUUUUUAUUCUGUGGGUACUUUGUAGAUAAAAUUGUUAGACUAAACAGAAAUGCCUAAAAAUUUAACAGGAGAUUCAUAAUAAGUCGUACUUAGUGGUCAACAAGAAAAUGUUAGGUUGAAUGUAGUGUAUAUUGCCAAUUUAAGGACAGUGGUGAAGUCAGAAUUGAGCAUACUGACUUGGUUUCGAAAUUAUAUCUUUUUGAAGUUCUGAUAUUAUGUGUUGUGUAAAAAACUUAAUAUUGUCAAUUUUAUAGUCUAGUGGUGGUCGUCAUCCCAUAGAUUGCUAAUUUCGAAAAUUGUUUUUAAAAAACCUUGUCAGCUAGGUAACAGGGAAAAAACAAAUGCAUUUUGGGUACAUCUAGAAACCCAAGCACGUUAUAAUAUGACAUAUAUAUAUAUAUUGUUGAAAAGGCAAUACUACUAAAUGAGCCCCGCUCAGAAUCGUUUUUUUUAUUAGCAAUGAUUAAUUUAAAAAAGAUUAUAUCUUACUUCCCAACUUCUCUUCUACAAUAGUGGUUCACCCAUCAUGUGAAUUUCCUCCAAUUUUCAAAAGUAACAUGUUUUCUGAAAGGAAAUUAGACUAAGGCGAUACUUUGAAGAGGUAAUUUUUUUAUUUUCUCCGGGUGAUAAUAAUUAACAGGGGGAAAAAGUAGAAAAAAAAACUAGAAAAUUUACGAAAUUUAUUAUUUUUAAAUUGUAAUAUAAAUAGCUUUGUAUAACAUGUAUAACCAAGCCUCACUCAGAAUCAUUUUUGUUUGAAAUCCUUAAUCGCGUGUUGAUAUACAUUAAAUUUUCCCUCUACCUUCCUAACUUCCCACUUAAACAGUAGUCCACUCAUCGUCCGAAAUGUGUCCUUUUGUUUUUAUACUUACAUGAAUACAUCAUUUUCAUUUUUCAGUGAAGUACUUUUACUUUUUUUAAAAAAAAAAAUUGAUUUAUGUAAUAACUUGGAUUAUAUAUUCUAAUAUGUUUUAUUUUUAUUUAUUUUUCACGUUUAUUUUUAGGGUGUAAUCUCUAUGUAAUUUUGAUUUACCUGUAUUAAAAAUUCUCUUUCAAUAGAUAAAAUCUUCACUUAGAUACAUUUUGGUGUUCAAAUUUUUAAUUUCUAUCUACUCAUUGAUUAGACAUUCCACUUUUAAGUGAUGAUGUUCCGUUACUUUUCCCUUUACUCAAAUUUUAAAUUGAAAUAUCUGGUUAACAGGUUAACGAUAAUUACAAUUUUGGUUGUGAUAGCUGUAUGUGAUCAAACAAAAAAAAUUCCAAAAUCGAAAAUAUAGAAAAUUAUACAUAUGUUAUGAACAUAUUCAAAUACGAUAAGAUAAAUGUAUAUAUUAUAAAAUAUACGGUAAUUCAUAAUUUGUAUUUAGUAUUUUAGCCAUCAUUUCAAUGUAUCGUCAAUAUUACAUACUAAUAUUAUUUUUAUUAUUUAUUAUGAAUUCGAAAAUUGGCCAUUUAUAUUGAAGCAUUAUUUCAUUAUUUAGGGUGAAGUAACAUGUGUAAAUUAUUUAAAAAGCAAAGUUGUUACCUCAAAAUGAAGAAACUAAUUUGGCUUGCAAUGAAGUAAAAACGGUGUCACCCGUGGUGGAAAUUUUAAAGAAACUAUUAAAUCAAGUUAAAAAAGACAUUUUGGAUGGAACAUUUAAAAUAAGUUACUCAAAAUGCACAAAAAAACUGUAUUAAACUUAACUAUCAGUACUUAGAGGUAACCAGUUUAUUUCAUACACUGAUAUAAACGGUAGAUGCAACACAAAGUUAGCUCUAACAGAAAUAAUAGUAUUGUUGUGAUAUUGGGUCUACCUCAAUCUGGUGCAUUUAAUGGAUGGCUGGACAGGAUAAAGUAACCAUAUUGUAGUUGAUUGGUAUAACUUAUGUAGUGAUGUAGUUGAUAGCAUUUCCAAGUGCCAAAAAAAGGUCUGGGCAAGGUUGUGUAUUGUAGAAAUCGAUGAAUCUUUUUUCCAAGAAAAACAAAUUUAGUAGAGGAUGUUAUUUAUGUACUGAUCAAAUAACUGGAAAUGAUGAAAAUGAAGAGCCAAUAGACAAUGGCGAAAUUGAACAAUCAAUGGACCUAUCAGUAUUUGGCCCAUGUUGGCACCACAUUUAGUGAUGAGCACAAUUGAAUAAUGUUUGAUUGCAUCAUUUAAUAGUUUAACUAAAACUAUUAAAUGUUAUUCAAGUGAAUAAUUACAUUACUGAAUUUUAACUAUCGAGCUAAUAAAAGUAUUUGAUAGUUUUUAUUGAACUAUCGAAGAGAGCACCGUUUGUGUGACGGCAUGACAUGUCUACUAAUACUCUAUACUACUAUAUGAAACAAGAUUACCAUUUAAAAAUCAAGUGUUGAUAGUCGUUUCACUCCCAAAAAUAAUGAUGUUAUUUUAUUUUAGAUCUGUUUGUUUCUUAAAUUAUCAAAACAUUAUAUUUUUUUUUUUUGCAAAAUAAUGAGUAUUCAAUGUUAAAAAAAUCACCCUGUUGAUCAUUAAUUAUUUUCAUUUUCAGGUGGAUACAGUAAACAAUAUUAGUAUUCCUGCUGGACUAAGCUUGAACUCUGCUGUUUCAAUAAUACCGACUUCACCUGCUAAGGUACCUAUUAAGAAACCUCAUGAAUCACCUAAUAAUGUAUCACAGAGACCUAGUAGUAAAUUUAAUAAGGUAAUCUAUUAAAUAUAUUAUUAUAAACGAAUAAUUUCAUACAAUUCAAAUCAAUGUUUACAAUGCAGACAAUGGUAAUUAUUUUCAAGAUCUCUUGAUUACUAAUUCAUUCUGUAUGAAAUAUUUACUGAUUUACAUUUAAUACUCAGUGUAUGUAUAUUGUAUUAACUCAUUUAAGAUUUUUAGAAUGGCGGUGCUCUAUUAUUAAUACAUUAACAUGAAAUUUUAAAAUUAGUUUAUAAUUCAUUAAUGGGAUCAGAAUUAUAUGUGUUCUCUAAUGUAUUAUUUUCUAAGUUUAUUAGUUAAUCAGUAAUUCUCAACCUAGGGGGCUUAACUCCUGGUGGUUGUUAACUAAUUAUUUAGGGUUACCAAAAUUAUUAAACUAUUGGAUUGUUGUAUAUAAAUUAAUAUUUUAGGGUUGCCAAAAAAUUGAAUAUUCAUUUAUGGGGGUUGCAACAGUAAAAAGGCCUUCCCAACUUUUUUAGUUUUGCGGACCUCCAAUUUUUUAAAAAAACUUAAAUGUCCACUAUACUAAUAUACAGGUAAAAAUAAAAACACCUAUAUACGUAUGACCAAUAUAUAUAAUAUUGUAAUGUGCGUACUGCUCAUAGGUCAGUAAUUAAGAAAACAUAACAUACAUUUUUUUUUUUGUAUUAACAAAAAAGCUUGUUAUUGUAUUCAACUUAUAAACAAGUGGUUAAAGUUAAGUUAAAACAAUGUGAUUUUUGACAUAGUUUUUCUCCCACAAGAAAGUUAAUAUUGGUAUUAAGUUGAUUGUGCCGUGAUCAUGAUAUAAAAUAAUAUAAAAAAAAAACAAAAAUAUUCUAAAAUAUUAGAUAAGGAAAUGACAAUCAAUAAAAUUAUAGGAUAUAGAUGAUGGUAGGAUUAUUACUAAAUCUUUAUUAAAAUAUAGACUUAUAUAUUAGAAUAAUAUAAAUAAUAAACAAUUUACCAAUUUUUAGCUUAUACCCUCAACCAUUGUUCACGGCCUAUAGGUUGGGAACUACUGUACUACUAUUAUUAUUGCAUUUUUAUUUAUUUUUCAUUAAAUAAAUAUUACUUAUAUAAUUACAAAAUCAAGACCAGUAUUUAAUAAAUUUAUUUAUGAAUUUACAUUAAUUUACAAUAACAUACAAUAUAAACAAUGUAAUUACUUAUUAAUUUAAUUAGAAAUAAAGAAAAAAAAUAUCAAUAAUACUAAACUGUAAUAUUAGAAUACUUUUAUAUAUUUUUAAUAAUUGUAAAAAUGUCAGAUAUACAAUAUUUUAUUUAUUUAAUUAAUGGAUAUAACAGAAGCUAUGUUAAUAGUUAAAAAUUUACAUUAAUUUAUGUUUAUUUUGUAGACGGUUGACACUGUUGAUUUGACUGGUCCAGAUAGUAGACCCAAAAAGUUUUGGCCUUGUGAAAUAUGUUCAAAAACAUAUUUAAGUGUUGAAACAUUGUAUGAACAUGUAUCUGCUGCACAUAAAACCGUGCAACUUUCGUACAAGUGAGUAGUAAUUAUUCACAAUUAGGUUUUUUUUUAUAAUAUACUACAGGUAUACAACCAAGUCAUAAUUUGUACUAAUUAUCAAAAUAUAAAAAUAAUUAUUAUAAUAACAUUGAUUUAACAAAAAUUAUUUUAUAAUAAUAUUCUGCCAUUAAGAUAUGUUUAUUUAAUUAAAAAUAUUCCCUCAUUAGUCAUCCAUCGUCAUUGUAAAUAAAUCUGAAGUCCUUUAUUUUAUUCAUAAUUAUGUUUAACAAUGAGAAUAGAAAAUUAAAAUUGAUACUUCUAAUUUUGUGCAUGAGUAAUUUUAGACUGAAAAAAAUGUUUAAAUUUUAUUUUUAAAUAAGCUGUCCUAGGAUAAUGGAGUCGGGUACAGCCAAUGUUGUUAUACGUAAUUUAAUGUAUCCCUGUAAGCAACGAUAAACCAUUGCUAACGAAAAUGCGAUUCUGAGCAGAGUUCGGUUAAUAGUGAUGCUUUAUCAUAUAUAUGUCAUAUUAUGGUAAAAUAAUUAAAUAGGCAUUAUAUAUUUUCUUUAAAAAUAUUUGUUUAAUGUACCGAUUUUCCUGGUUUUCUCAUGUUUUUUCCAGGUUUUUCACUUUGCUAGGAAAAAUCAAAAAAUGGCCUCAUUAAAGUACCUUCCUAGUCAGAUUUCCUUUUUGAAAAAGUGCUAUCAUUGUAAAUUUGAGCAAAAUUGGUGGUAGAAAAGUUGUUCACGUAAAAAAAAGGCUGUAAUAUUUUUGUCGACUAAUAUCCAUCCAUUUCUUGUUUUCUUCCUUUUUUUUUUUUUUUUUUUGUGCUUUGGUUUUUCACAUUUGUUGAGAAAAUUCCUGAAAAAAUUAAAAAAUUACCUCCCUAAAAGUACCACCCCAGCAAAAUUUCCUUUCAGAAAAAGGGUCUACAUCAUAUACAUUGAAAUACGCUUUUUGAUAGAAAGUGUUCACAUAAAAAAAAAUAAUCAUCUUUGUAAAAUCAAUUAAUUGUUCGUUACACUCGGAAUCUAAAAUAAUAAUAAUCAGCACACUUAAUAACAUUCAAUAAUCUUAAUAAUAAUUUUAAUAAAGAUAAUAAAAAUAAGCAUAAUAAUAUUAAUAAUAAUAAUAAUGAGCACUUUAAAAAUAUUAUCUGCAUUUUAAUAAGAAGCAUAUGCUUUUAAUAAUAAUAAUCAUUAACAAAUAUCAUAAUCAGUAUUUUAAAAAUAACUAACAAUAAUCAUAAGCUUAAUAACGGUAUUUGUUGAUGAUUAUUAUUGAUGGUUGUAAUAAGUAUGCCAAUUUAUAUUAUUAAAAGUAUUAAUGAUUAUUAUGAUACUGAUUUGAUUAUUGUUAUUUUAUUAUUUAAGUGAUUUUAUUUAUUAUUACCUAUUAUGCUUUUUAUUAAAAUGCUCAUUAUGAUUUUGAUUUUUAAAGUGUUCAUUAUUAUUAUUAAUAUCAUUAUCAUCAUUAUUUUAGAUUCUGAGUGGAGCAAAAAAGGCUUAUGGUUUUACAAAAAUAUUUUUUUUUUUCAUGGUUUUUCACAUUUGAUGAGAAAACUCGAGAAAAUCAAAAAAAUGACCUCUCUAAAGUACUUUUCUUGUUGUCAUUUAUUGCAUUUUUUUUUAUUAUGAGCAGAAAUUUAAGUUUUUUUUCAAACUAAAAUGACAUAAUUAAUGAUAAAUUUUGAGGACAUUUUUUGUUAUUUAAUUUACUUUAAACUAUUUCAAAUAUUAAGUUAAUGAUUAACUACAUUUGAAUUGAGUGUUAACCCAUUAACAUAUUACAAUAUUUAUUUAUAAUUAAACCACAUUUACUUAGUGAAAAACAUUUCCAAGAUAAAUACUUACAUACUUCAUGAACAUUUAUAGUUUUUUUUUUUAAAUAUUUUUUUAGAUGCAACUUAUGUUCAUUGAGUUUUCCAAGUGGUGAAUUAUUAUAUCGUCAUAAGCAAUCAUUUCAUAAAACUGAUGUAAACACAAACAGUCAAUUUGUUAUUCCUAUUAUGGACAUAAGUAAAAAUGGUUCAAUUGCCAGGAUGAACGCAAUGGGUAUCACUAAUUACAUGCCACUUGCCCAAAUGGAACAACAAAAUGGUCAGUUUGCAUUUCCCAUCAUGAGUACUGCUCGCCCAGGUUCCAUGGAUGGCUUGAAGUUUACACACUUCUUAAGUCUGGGAUGUAUACGAAAAUUAUAAACUCUUGACUAAGACUGUUUCCAUGUAUCAUCUAUUUCAGUUACAUAAAUGUGUUUAUUGUACAUUAAUAUGUUUAUUAAUUUUUCAGAAAACUUAAAACUAUUUAGUAUUUA